UUCAUAUAGUAUACAAAUUUGGAGUAUAAUUUACAAAAUUUAAAGCUCACCAAAGUCCAAUCAGAUGGAUGGUUCCCAGGUACUACUGCUGCUCCUACUCUGCGCCAUGGGUCAUGGGGUGCACAGUGAUUGUCGGAUUAAGCAGUAUAUGGUGGAGGGUACAAAUCGCAUAUUUACCUAUCGCGAUGCCAGCGGAGCCCUUCAAUUGCAGCGAACAGAAACCGUUCCCGCUGGUGUGUCCCUUUGGAUGUACUGCAGUGCCGCGGACAGGGUGGAGACCCAGUGCCAGGACAAUGGACAGUUCACUGUCGCUUUGCCCAUGAUAUGCAACGAUCCGAUGCGGCCAACGGUGACGCGGAUCAGGGACUCGGAGUGCGCUGGGACCAUGUAUGCUGUGGGCUACACGAUCGAGGGACAGCUGUUGGAGCUGUAUAGGACGUGCUUUGAUGCCGGCAAUGCGCGGGUUUUAUACUCGCAGAGCGAUGUCUACUACAAGACCUUCUUUCCUAAGCGGCCUUUUGUGGAUUUUUUGACCGACGAGCUGUUCAGUCCCUCUGAGGCGGCUGCCUACUACAAAUCCAACAUCUACCACGCCUUCAAUAACAUCUACGGGGAUGGACAGACCUACUUGAGUAGAGCUCUCGAUCUGGUGAUCAAUCGUGGGCAUCUGGUGGCGUGCGCGGACUUCCUUUUUCUGGACCAAAUGGGCAGCACCUUCCGCUACCUGAAUGUUGUGCCGCAGUUCAAGUCAAUCAACGAUGGGAACUGGGAGAAGAUCGAACGUUGGGUGCGCGGCAUAGUACCCCAAUCGGCUCCGUUUCGGGUGAAGACCGGUGGCAUCGGCAUACUCAUGCUGGCAGACGGCAGAGGUGUGUUCAGGCAGGCCUUCCUGGCCGGCUCCAAGAUUCCGGUGCCCGAGUGGACCUACAAGGUGGUGCGAGAAGUCAGUGGCAGGCGGCUCUACGUGUUCCUCACCUACAACUGCACCUUCCAGCGUGAAUGGCCGCAGGUCCCAGAUAUUUGCAAGCCCGUCAGCUGCCCCUUAAACCUGCCAAACACACCCCGCGAUGGCUUCACCUACUGCUGCGAUCCAACGCACUUUCCCCUCUAAUCAUAGACCAUACAUAUUUCAUUACCCUGGGUAUUUGGGCAGGCCCUUACGGAAUUAUCUUCUACG